AUGAGCACAGGACAUAACGAGAAAGAGCACUCAAUCACAGUAGACCUUCACGAGGAAAUAGAAAACUUCAUGAACAAUGUGAUCUCCCUAGAGGUGGAGCUUGCCUCCCACAUUCGAGGACUGGAUCUCAUGUCUCACCAGCUAAACAAGAUCAUUGACAAUCUCACUGGGUGUAAGACGCAGGAAGCAGAGUAUGACAGUGACACCACAGAUAAUGGAGAGCCCCCGCGUCCCAAAUACUCCAUGGAAGGAUUUGAGAAGCGUGUACAAGAGGUGAUGGAAGAAAUAAAUAAAGACGCCGUUGCGCUAAGGCAUCUGCGUGAAGAAGCCAUCCAAAUCCGUGAGAAUUGCUUGGCGUAA